UGCACCCUCUCCUGUUCUUCUUCCAUAGGGCAACCCCUACAUGUGCAAUAAUGAGUGUGAUGCAAGUACCCCUGAGCUGGCGCAUCCCCCUGAGCUGAUGUUUGAUUUUGAAGGAAGACAUCCCUCCACAUUUUGGCAGUCUGCUACUUGGAAGGACUAUCCCAAGCCUCUCCAGGUUAACAUCACUCUGUCUUGGAGCAAAACCAUCGAGCUCACAGACAACAUAGUUAUCACCUUUGAAUCAGGGCGUCCGGACCAAAUGAUCCUGGAGAAAUCUCUCGAUUAUGGACGAACAUGGCAGCCCUACCAAUAUUACGCCACAGACUGCUUAGAUGCCUUUCACAUGGAUCCCAAAUCCGUGAAGGAUUUAUCACAGCAUACGGUCUUAGAAAUCAUUUGCACUGAAGAGUACUCUACGGGAUACAUGACAAAUAGCAAAAUCAUCCACUUUGAAAUCAAAGACAGGUUUGCGUUUUUUGCUGGACCAUGGCUACGCAAUAUGGCUUCUCUCUACGGGCAGCUGGAUACAACCAAGAAACUCAGAGACUUCUUUACAGUCACAGACCUGAGGAUAAGGCUUUUGAGACCAGCGGUUGGGGAAAUAUUUGUAGAUGAGCUACACUUGGCACGCUACUUUUAUGCAAUCUCAGACAUAAAGGUGCACGGAAGGUGCAAAUGUAAUCUCCACGCCACUGUGUGUGUGUAUGACAACAGCAAAUUGACCUGUGAAUGUGAGCACAACACUACAGGUCCAGACUGUGGGAAAUGCAAGAAGAAUUAUCAGGGCCGACCUUGGAGUCCAGGCUCGUAUCUCCCCAUCCCUAAAGGCACUGCAAAUACCUGUAUCCCCAGUAUUUCCAGUAUCGGUAAUCCUCCAAAGUUUAAUAGGAUAUGGCCGAAUAUUUCUUCCCUUGAGGUUUCUAACCCAAAACAAGUUGCUCCCAAAUUAGCUUUGUCAACAGUUUCUUCUGUUCAAGUUGCAAACCACAAGAGAGAUUGUGAAUGCUUCGGCCACUCCAAUCGAUGCAGUUAUAUCGAUCUGCUCAAUACAGUCAUUUGCGUGAGCUGUAAACACAACACUAGAGGGCAGCACUGUGAGUUAUGCAGGCUGGGCUACUUCAGAAAUGCUUCCGCACAGCUGGACGAUGAGAAUGUGUGCAUAGAGUGUUAUUGUAACCCUUUGGGCUCAGUCCAUGAUCGUUGUAAUGGCUCAGGAUUUUGUGAGUGUAAGACGGGAACAACAGGGCCUAAGUGUGAUGAGUGUCUGCCGGGAAAUUCCUGGCACUCCGGCUGUCAACCGAACGUCUGCGACAACGAGCUCCUGCACUGCCAGAACGGAGGGACGUGCUACAACAACGUGCGCUGCCUCUGCCCGGCCGCGUACACCGGCAUCCUGUGCGAGAAGCUGCGGUGCGAGGAGGCGGGCAGCUGCGGCUCCGACUCCGGCCAGGGGGCGCCCGCGCCCGGCUCCCCCGCGCUGCUGCUGCUGACCGCGCUGCUGGGCACCGCCAGCCCCCUGCUGGUCUAG